ACAGAUCCCUCCAGCAGCAGGCGAACCCCGGAGCAGCGGCGGUAGAUGAAAGCGAAGAGAAGGAACACGGCCUCAGCCAUGUCCACGUCGCUGAGAGUGAGCCCGUCAGUGCACGGCUACCGCUUCGACACCGCGCUGCGCAAGAAAGCCGUGGCCAACAUCUUUGAGAGCGUCGACGAGGAGUCGCUGCAAAAGCUCUUCAAGCACUCCGGGGACAAAAAGGCGGAGGAGAGAGCCAAGAUCAUCCUCGACACCGACCAGGACGUGGAGGAGAAAGCAAGAGCACUGAUGGCUCUGAAGCAGAGGCGGAAAGACAAACUCCUCCAGUUCCUGAAAUUCCCGAAAUACUCCAUCAAGGUGCACUGAGCUGGAAGGAGCAGCCACGGAGGAGAACGUUUUGGGACGAGGCUGCCACAGGCAGCACACUCCAUGCUGGUGCUGCUGGGACGCUCCUGUGCCCGGUGCUGCCAGCAGGAUGCUGCGUGCCCAGCGCUGCAGGUGGGAUGGGACGCUGCCAUGCCCGGUGCUGUGUGCCCAGGGCUGUGUGCCCGGUGCUGUGUGCCCGGUGCUGCUGCCGGAACGCUCCCGUGCCUGGUGAUGGUGCCCAAUGGGAGAGAACCAACUCACCCCAUCCCACGGCACUGCAGCAGCGAGAUGAGCCGACUGCACCCAUUUGCUUCGCCUGCCUGAACUCUUAGCUGAAGUUUGAAACUUUCUAAGCCUCGCUGUUGUCUGCAGAACGGAGACCCCAGACAUUGAUCAGCUCCUGAUCGUCCCUCAUUCUGCAUUCGUUGAAAUGCAUCGAAGUGCAUUGUGUGACUGCAACACAUUCAGCCUACAGGGAAUGCACUGCCCUACGGACACUGCGCGACUGUGCCUUUUCUCUCUCCAGCAGUGUGCAUGCAUUAAGAACUGCUUGCACAAAAGCAAUAAUAAUGACAGAUUUCCCUGAAUUCACUGUGAAUUGCCUUAAUAUUUUGUUCACUUCCCAUUAACAUGAAUAUUUAAACACCAUAAUUGCAGUUCAUAUUUGUAUUGAUUACAUUCGAUAUCAGACAAGUACUUAAUGGCAUUAUUUUAUGGCAACGUUAUCAUUAUACUGACUAUAAUUUAUUUCAUAUGGCAACCUGAGAUUUAAUAAAUUAUAAUGUAAAUAUAA